AUGAUCGCCUCGGGGACCGUCACACUCCGGGAGCUGGUGAACAUCGCGGGGACAGACCUGUCACGAGGGGAAGACCUGGCUGCACAUAUAGGACUACAAUCCCUGCACAUAGCUAACCAGCUCCUGCUGAGAUGGAGGUCUACAUUAACAGCAGAGGAGCGUGUUCAGCUGAAGGACUAUGUAAUCGGCGAGAGCGGUCCUGCAAAGGAGGAACCCUUUCCCCAGCUGGACAUCGCUCCGGACCUCGACGGAUGUGGUGGCCCCCUCCUGGAGUGCAGGGGUGAAGGGAAGAUGAACUUUGGGACAGUGACGGGGAAGCUGCUCUACAGGGCCUUUGACAUCCACGCUGUAUAUGAGCUGAAGGAGAAACUGGGAGAGGGCUCAUUCUCUGAGGUAAGAGUGGCUGAACACUGCCGCACACACAAGCGUGUAGCGAUCAAAUGCAUCCGCAAAAAGGCCUUUAAGGGUAAAGAGUCCAUGCUGGAAAAUGAGAUUGCUGUAUUACGCAGAAUCAAACACGAAAAUAUCAUUUCCCUGGAGGAGACGUUCGAGACGCCUGCAAAACUGUAUUUGGUAAUGACACUGGUGACUGGAGGUGAGCUGCUGGACCGAAUUCUGAAACAGGGCAGCUACACAGAGAAGGAUGCUAGCCAUGUCAUCCUGCAAGUCCUGAAAGCCGUCAAGUACCUCCAGCAAGACAUCAUACACAGGGACCUGAAGCAGGAGAACCUGCUAUAUGAAACUCCUUUCCAAGAUUCUAAAAUCGUCCUUAGUGACUUUGGGCUGUCGAAAAUAGCAGAUCAGGGCUUCUUGUCCACUGCUUGUGGAACUCCUGCUAAUGUAGCACCCUCCCUUCUACAAGAGAAGACAUAUGUUAAAGAAGUAGACUUGUGGGCCAUGGGUGUGAUUUCAUUUAUUUUGUAAGCUGUGUGGUAUCCUCCAUUGUACGAUGAUAGCGACACCGAACUCUACAAACAGAUCAUAGAAGCAAAGGUUGAGUUCGACUCGCCGUAUUGGGACGACAUCUCAGAUUCAGGGAAAAAGGAAAACGUCUCAUAG